AGUAUAACCUGUGUGUUUUGACGGUAAAUUGUCGGUGUGGGGCCGCAGACAGACUCGGUAACGGUCGGUGAAUUGAACCAGAUAUCCGUGGAUGUAACGGUGGAUUAAACGGUCAAACCGUGUUUCUCCGCCAGUUAUUAACGUUGUCUCCUCUCCCCUGUUCCCGCGCUGAUUUUAAAAUGGCGGCUGUUUCAGCAGAUUACGGUUGCAGCAGCCCGGAGCCUUAAACUCAGAGUUCAGUGGAGUCGACAUGUGAACAGACGGACAGGAGUCCAGCACAGACAGACAUCAACCAGGACCAGGAUCAGAGAGUCAGGGUGGCUGUGGCGUCAUCCUGGUGGAGGAGUAGGCUGAUGGAGAGCGACUGUCGGAUCCCUGUGGCGUGUUGUCGGCCUCGAGUCCUCGUCCUCCACGCCCUGUUCUGGGGCCUCGUCUCCCUCAGGGUGUUCGGAGCAGCCCUGCUGAGUGAAGAGAAGACCCCAGCAGUCAGACCUGUGGUCGCCCCCUGCUGGCUGCAGGAGGAGUUCGUAGUGACGGCCGUGUGUUCGCAGUGUAACGCCUUCCAGACGAAGUCGUGGUCGGCCUGUGGACAGACGGGAUACGUGGAGAGAGUGAACUGCACCAAGUCCAACAGAGACGAGUACAAGAGCUGCCGCUCUGCAGUGAUGGAGGAACAUCUCUUCUGGAAAUUCGAGGCGGCCAUGUUGGCUCUGAUGGUCGUCUUCGCCGUUCUGGUUGUUGUCCGUCAGCGAUGGCUCGACCGCCUGGCAUCUGAAAAGGUCCGCCGACAGAUCGAGUCCAUCUAGUACACCAGAGAGACCUGGACUGAGAGGUUUUGAUCCUGCAGCAAUACUUCAACUGUUUAAACUGAUCCAGAUUCAGAGUUUGGACUGAGGUGGAUCAGGACUACAGAAACCUGCAGGGACCUGGACUUGAACGAUGAACUUUAUUGAACAUGAUGUUAGAGAUAGAAGGAAGCCAGCACAGGGUCAAACACUACAGCCGUGACAUCAUCACCUAAACCCUCUCUGAUUGGUCAGAGUGAGCUGAUGACGACGUGUUUUAUUUUGAAAGUUUGACUGUAAAUACAUUUGUUUUUCUGCAAAAUAAAAUGAAACUGAAACUGA